AUGACCCAGCCCUAUUUACUGAGCACCGGGCCAAAACAAAUGCUGCGUUUUUGGGGGCCGGUGGAUCGGUGGCGCUGCCGAGUGGAGGGGGUAACGGCCUCCGUGGCGUGCCGGGCCCAGGGCAUGAAGGGCUCAGCCCUGUUGAUCCUGUCCAGCGGGACGCAGACCUGUGCUUGUCUGAAAUGCACCACAUCUGCAACCCUUUAUGCAGGUGGCUUCCCAAAGCCCAGGGAGAAAGAGCAUCCAGGCCUGGGCCUUGCGGUGCCCAUCCCCUCCAAGGCAAAUGGCACCACCAUUUCCACUCUGUCAAUGAAUAAAGAUGGUCUGAUUGGAGGGGUGACAAAUCCCAACGAGGUCUUCUGCUCUGUGCCUGGCCGCCUCUCUCUUCUCAGCUCCACCUCCAAGUACAAGGUGACAGUUGGGGAGGUGCAGAGAAGGCUUUCUCCCCCUGAGUGUCUCAACGCCUCUCUCCUCGGCGGGGUCCUCCGGAGAGCAAAAUCAAAAAAUGGGGGCCGGUGUUUAAGGGAAAGGUUAGAGAAAAUUGGACUAAAUCUACCUGCAGGAAGGCGUAAAGCUGCAAAUGUCACCUUGCUGACAUCCCUAGUGGAAGGUGAAGCUGUUCACCUUGCUCGGGAUUUUGGCUACGUGUGCGAAACAGAGUUCCCAGCCAAGGCGGCAGCAGAGUACCUGUGUCGACAGCACUCCGACCCCACCGAGCUUCACACCAGGAAAAACAUGCUGCUGGCUACUAAGCAAAUUUGUAAAGAGUUUGCAGAUUUAAUAGCCCAGGACCGCUCACCACUGGGGAACAGCCGCCCCUCACUCAUCUUAGAGCCUGGUGUCCAGAGCUGUUUGACUCAUUUCAGCUUGAUAACCCACGGCUUUGGGGGCCCAGCUAUCUGUGCAGCGCUCACAGCCUUCCAGAACUACCUGGUGGAGUCCCUUAAAGGGCUGGAUAAAAUGUUCAUGAACAGCACAGGAAACGGGCACACGGGUGGAGACUCCAAAGCAUCAGAAAAGGAAGUGAAGCAUCGGAAAUAG